CACUCUGUCAACCCAAGGCACACUCAUUCACUCUUUCACACACACAUACACGCAUACGAAAACGCGCGCGCACGCACGCACAGUCACGCGCAGGCACGUUUGGUUGAGGAGGGGGGGCGCGUGCUGCAGCUGAAGAGGGGCUCCUAAUCAAAGCGCAUCAGGGCCGUUCAUUCUCCACUGGAGGGCGAGUGGUACAAGAGCACCGGGACACUCCGGCAGCGGCAGGGAGACCGAGCAGACAGUCGGAGGGAGACGGGAUAGAGCAGCAGCUGGAAGACACACACACAGACAGACAGACAGGCAGCCACACACAGAGACACAGAAAAUCCCCACCCGGACUCUGCACAGCAUCAUUUCUUUUUCCGGCGUCGGAUUAAACCCGUGCCCGUCUCCAGCACCGAAAUCACGCCAAGACAUGAGCUUCUCCCACUGAACGUUAUUGAUGCUGAACUGAGUGGUCCAGUGCUGUCCUCCAGUGUUUCCCCUCCCCUCGAUUUUCUGUUCCUCUGUCUGCCACCUGGUUUGUGAGCAGCCAUGACGAAGUCCUACGAGUUCAACUGGCAGAAGCACCUGCCGGAGUUCAUGCAGGAAGGCGCCUCCUUCGACCGGUUUGAUGAGGACCCGUACAUCUUUGAGCCCAACUGUCAGAUGAAGGUGGAUGAGUAUGGCUUUUUCAUCUGCUGGAAGAGUGAGGGAAAGGAGGGCCAGGUUCUCGAGUGUUCCCUCAUCAACAGUAUUCGUGUCGGUGCUGUCCCAAAGGACCCAAAGAUCUUGUCGUCGUUCGAGGCCAUUGGGAAGACGGAGGCAGACUUGGAGGGCUGCAUCAUCUGCAUCUGCAGCGGCACAGACCUGGUCAACCUCAACUUCAUGUUCAUGGUGGCGGAGAGCCCAGACGUAGCCAGGAAGUGGAUCGAGGGUUUGAGGUCAGUGAUUCACAACUUUAAGGCCAACAACGUCUGUCCAAUGACCUGCCUCAAGAAACAUUGGAUGAGAAUGUGCUUCCUGACCAAUGUGAAUGGGAAGAUUCCUGUGAGAGGCAUUACUCGAACAUUCGCGUCAGGAAAGACAGAGAAGGGGAUCUUUCAGGCUCUAAAGGAUCUUGGCCUUCCCAGUGGAAAGAACGAUGAGAUUGAACAUGCAGAUUUCACCUUUGACAUUUUCUACGCGCUCACACAGAAGAUCUGCCCUCGCACAGACAUCGAGGAACUCUUCAAGAAGAUCAAUGGGAACAAAAGUGAUUAUUUAACUGUAGACCAGUUAGUCAGCUUUCUGAAUGAAAACCAGCGUGACCCUCGGUUAAACGAGAUCCUGUUCCCGUUCUACGACCCCAAGAGAGCCAUGCAGAUCAUCGAGAAGUACGAGAGAGACGACGAGCUGAAGAAAAAAGGUUUAAUGUCCAGUGACGGUUUCUGCCGGUACCUGAUGUCAGACGAAAAUGCUCCAGUUUUCUUGGACCGGCUGGAGCUGUACCAGGAAAUGGACCAGCCGCUGGCCCACUACUUCAUCAGCUCCUCCCACAACACGUACCUGACAGGGCGACAGUUCGGAGGGAAGUCUUCUGUAGAGAUGUACCGCCAGGUCCUGCUGUCUGGAUGCAGGUGUGUGGAGCUGGACUGCUGGGAUGGAAAAGGAGAGGACCAGGAGCCCAUUAUCACUCAUGGCAAGGCCAUGUGCACAGACAUCCUGUUCAAGGAUGUUGUCCAAGCCAUCAAGGAGACAGCAUUUGUGACCUCAGAGUACCCCGUUAUUUUGUCUUUUGAAAACCAUUGCAGUAAACCGCAGCAGUACAAGAUGGCCAAGUAUUGUGAGGAGAUCUUCGGUGACUUCCUCCUCAAACAGCCUCUGGAAAACUUCCCUAUUGAAUCUGCGCGCCCGUUACCCUCUCCAAAUGACCUCAAACGCAAAAUCCUCAUCAAAAACAAACGCUUGAAACCUGAAGUUGAACAGAAACAGCUAGAGGCCUUUAAGAAACACAUGGAGGCAGGAGAGACCAACACCCCCGCCAUCAUCAUGGGAGAAGAGAAUGAAGAGGAUGCAGAGAACGGAGAAAAGGACGGUGAGGAUAAGGAUUUGAAUUCAGAAACACCCAGCAGUCUGUCAGAGUCGACCACUGAGAAAGAGCCCAACAGUGUGUCCCAGAGUAACACUGUCAGCUCGACGAAGGAGGAGGAACGCAGCAACAGUAUCAAGAAGGUGCCUGACGAUGAAGCGACAGAGAUAUCUGAAGCCACAGAAGCAACAGACGCCACAGACAUCUCAGAGGCCUCUGACCAAGACAAUAGCAAGAAGGGUGGAGAAGAGGCGGAGGACUCUGAAGAGGCUCUGAUAGCUCAGUACACCUAUGUAGGAGCCACCACGAACAUCCACCCAUAUCUGUCAGCCAUGGUCAACUACGCACAGCCCGUCAAGUUCCAGAGUUUUGAAGUGGCAGAGGAGAGAAACAUCCACCAUAACAUGUCAUCUUUUAACGAGUCUGUCGGUCUGGGCUAUCUGAAGACCAACGCCAUCGAGUUUGUCAACUACAACAAGCGUCAGAUGAGCCGUAUCUACCCCAAAGGAGGCCGGGUGGACUCCAGUAAUUACAUGCCUCAGAUCUUCUGGAACGCGGGCUGCCAGAUGGUCUCACUCAACUUCCAGACCCCAGAUCUGGCCAUGCAGUUGAACCAGGGAAAGUACGAGUACAACGGCUCCUGCGGGUACCUGCUGAAGCCCGACUUCAUGCGGCGGUCAGACAGGAUGUUCGACCCUUUCUCAGAGACGCCGGUGGAUGGAGUCAUCGCUGCAACCUGCAGUGUACAGGUGUUCUCUGGACAGUUCCUGUCAGACAAGAAAAUCGGCACGUACGUUGAGGUCGACAUGUACGGUCUGCCGACAGACACCAUCCGCAAGGAGUUCCGCACACGCAUGGUGAUGAACAACGGACUGAACCCAGCGUACAACGAGGAGCCCUUCGUCUUCAGAAAGGUGAUCUUACCGGAUCUGGCGGUACUGCGCAUCGCCGUCUACGACGACAACAACAAGCUGAUUGGCCAGCGCAUCCUGCCUCUGGACGGCCUGCAGGCUGGCUACCGUCACAUCUCGCUGAGGAACGAGGGCAACAAGCCCCUGUCGUUGCCCACCAUCUUCUGCCAAAUCAUCCUCAAGACCUACGUGCCCGACGGCUUCGGAGCAAUUGUGGAUGCCCUAUCGGACCCAAAGAAGUUCUUGACCAUAGCAGAAAAAAGAGCUGACCAGAUGAAGGCGUUGGGGAUCGACACGAACGACAUAGCAGAUGUUCCAAGUGGAAGCUCAAAGAAUGACAAGAAGGGAAAGGGUAAAGGAGACACUGUGAAGGCCAGUGUGACACCGCAGGCCAGCUCAGACAUGGCUCAGACCUCCAACUCCGCCCAAAACAACACAGCAGAAACCAAGAAAGAUACUGCACUCGUGCCUAAUGUCAGCAUUGAAGACUUAAAACAAAUGAAGACGUACCUUAAACUGAUUAAAAAGCAACAGAAGGAGCUCAACACUUUAAAGAAGAAACACUCAAAGGAUCAGAAUACAAUGCAGAAAGCCCACUGCUCCCAGGUGGACAAGAUGGUGUCUCAGCAUGAUAAAGAGAAGACAACUCUGGAGAAGCUACUAGAGAAAGCCAUCAAAAAACGAGGGGAAAACAACUGCCAAGAGCUUAAGAAGGAGACAGAGGAUAAGAUCCAAACACUGAUCGCCGAUCACAAAGUCAAGGUAAAGGACAUUACAGCGCAGCACACUAAAGAGUGGUCGGAGCUGAUCAGUAGUCACAGCAGCGAGGAGCAGGAGAUGAAGGACAGCCACGUCACACAGCAGUGCGAACACCUCAAGAAACUCCUGGCCACCGUCCAGGAGCAGCAGACCAUGCAGCUCAAACUCAUCCAUGAACGGCAGAGCAAAGAGAUGCGGGCCAACCAGGCCAAGAUGUCCAUGGAAAACAGUAAAGCCAUCAGCCAGGACAAGUCCAUAAAAAACAAGGCAGAGAGAGAGAGGAGAGUGCGAGAGUUAAACAGCAGCAACACCAAGAAGUUCCUGGAUGAGAGGAAGAGGCUGGCCAUGAAGCAUCAGAAGGAGAUGGAGCAGCUAGAGAAAAACCAGAGAGAACAGUUGGAGAAACUGGAGAAGUUCAAUGAGCAGCUUUUGAAAUCACACCAUGCAAACAAACAGGUUCAAGGCCAAGGACAUGCAGCAGAUGGUGAAGUUGGAGGAGGAGAUGGACCGCAGACCUGCCACGGUGGUGUGAGCGACUGAGACCGAGACACAAGCACACACAUACACUCAUAUACACACACAUGCAGGUGCAGAAACACUCCACCGCGGAUACCCCCUCUACAACCCAGAGACAUUAACACCCACCUACGUCACUGUCUUUACUUCUCUGUCAUGUCUGUUCACACACACACAGUCGCCCUCCCCACCACUUAGUUUCUGCAUCCUUACCCCACCCACUAAUUUUAUACCACUGAGCCAUUGGUGCUUAUCACUGUCUGACAGGGGGUUUAACCACUUAUCGAGAGAGGAGAUGAGGCAACACAGAAUCAAACGUAUCCCCUCCUCCACCGUAUGUACGUCUAAAUUUUCUAUCACCUUCUCUGUAUCCUACGGGCAACACAAGCUGCAGCUACUGGUGGACACACACAACACAUGCACAGACACAUUCACUUACGGGAGGGAGGUGGAUAUUCGUUCCCUUUUUGACUUUUUAUUUUACUUUCUUUCUUUAAAAAAAAUAAAUAAAUCGGUACCGGAUUAACUGCUCCAGAAACAGCGUGGACGAGGAGAGAAGAAUAUGUUUAAGAUUUAAUGUCAUUUCAGCACAAAUGAAUAAACUUUGUGAAAUACACUGUACGCUACACACCAGUCCUGUCCUGAGCACUUUGUAUGUGAUAGACCAUCAUAACAAUGUGGAAAAUGUAGCAGUGCACUACUGUAGGUUUUCUGUAUUUCAGUAAGAAUGUAUUUAAAAAAAAAAAAAAAUCACUGUAUGAAGGAGUGGCAGACCUCCGUGUCACCUACACCUACAAUGCAAGUUGUGUGACUUCACAAAAAUGUAUUACUGACUUUGUUUUGUUCAACAAUGUUACAGCCAACUAUAAAAAGGCUUUCUAUCUGGAGUCUGAAGACUAUAAAGGGAUCACGAUGGACAGACGCUCACUUUGAAUACGGCCAAUUUCCCAGUCCAAUUUUUUUUAAUGACCCAAGAGAUUGUGAAACUGCUGUGCUCAACUUUUACUUGAAAGUAAUUUUAAAACUGUGCCCAAUCAUCAUAAGUUUACACCUGCAAAACUCAGCGUUAUAUACUCCUAAUUUUGGGCUCAAGUUCAUGUAUACUAUGCAAAAAAUGAACACAUGAUUCCCUCAAAGUUUAAAGUGUACAAAAAAAUGAUCAAUCAGGAAGGCCACCAAAGUAAGAAUAGGUGAAAAUAUUACAAGGUAAUAGUAACUAAAAUGUGGUUGCUUUUUAGCCUUUAAUGUAGUGACAAAAUUGUUGGAUCACUACAAACCAAGGCAAUGACAUUAGUUACAACACUGAAUUGAAAAUGUGACGAUAUAAUAAAGGGGAUAUCUAUCAGUAAAUAAAGGGUUAAGCAGGAUUAAAUGGGUGUUUGAAUCGAAGGAAUACUUCAUCCCCACAAUGAUCAUUUGUAUAUCAAUUACUCACCUUGUGUUACCGAAUUUAUGAAGACAACUUGCAUGACUCUGGUGAACGAAUCCAAAAGCUAGAUGGUUUUGCUGUUGUUAUAUACAGACUUCCAUGACUUUAAUUCUUCAAGAGUUUUUGGAUUCUUUGUUCACUGUGGAGAAGAGCUGCAACAAUAUUGAUUAGUUGUUACUAUGAAAAUAAUUAGCAACUAAUUUUACAAUCAAUCUGUGUGAGUCAUUUUUAAGAAAACCAAAGUCCAAAUUCUCUGACUCUAGCUUCUUAAUUGUGAAUAUUUUCUUGUUUCUUUUUUCUUCAGACAGUUAACUAAAUAUCUUUGGGUUGUGGACAAAACACACGAAUGAGGACAUCAUCUCAUGCCAGUCUUCUCGAGCUCAACAUAACACAGGUUGAGUCACUGAUAUAGAAACUGUCAUUUGGGCGGUGAAGUAUUCCUUGAAAGAGUUUUGCACUUGAAACUCUUGUGAAAUUGUGCCAAAUCUGUAAUACACUGGUACCAAAAUGAGUCCAUUCAUGGCAGCACAAUCAUUCUGCUGUAAUACACUGUGUUAAUUGACCAGCCUAUUAACAUCAGACAAGAACUUUGGCUGACAGAUAUCACAGCCACCUCGUCUCGUCCACUCGCUGCUGAAGUGAAGUGCUCCCUUAAUAGCUUCUCGACUGCACGUAAGCAACCUCAGCUUGUAAUCCUCAUCAUUUCCCUGCUCGCCCUCGGUCAGGGGACUGAAUAAUUAUAACAGAUUUGUAACAAAGCCUGUGACAUGGCUGCCACACACUUUCCACGCCAGGGAUUUCAGACUACGCCUGUUACCCCUCAACAGGUUCCCUCUUACUUUUAUGGGACUGCUGAUUGCUUGAGGAGGCACUACUGUCCGCAGCCCUGGUGACACUGCAGGACAAAAAGCCACUGCAGAGAAAGAAAUGUGACGUUAAGGAUAUAGUGUGUGAGAUUUAGGGGGAAUUAAAUGGCAUUUAGCAGUGAGGAUUGUAGAUUACAACCAGGUGAAACCUCACCCGGUCAGAAUUCCUUGUUCAGGAGGCGUACACCUCUUUCAGGCCUCGUUUUGGGCGUAUGCAGUGUUUGUAAAUGAGACCCCUGGUGAUUUAAACCAAUAAAAACACUUAAUAAAAUAGCUCCACGUUAAAAAACGAGUGUUUCUCCGACACUUUUCCACUCAUAGAGGGGCUCCUAACUACACUGGCCAACGCAAAAAGAUCCAGAUGUUCAGGAAGUUUUUACUCGGAGCCGAAACUACCCACAGGGGUCUCUUCCGCUCCAAACCAAACAGACCAGCUGAUUUAAACUGGUAAAACACUGAAUCAAACAGUUCACAUUAGAAAUCAGUGUUUCUCUACAGUGGCCAACACAAAAAAUGUCCCUAUCUGGAGCCGAGUUUGGUUUGUCCAUUCUGGGCUACUGUAGAAACAUGACAAUGCAACAUGGCGAUAUACAUAGACAAGGAUCCGCUCCCUAUGUAGAUUCAAACAGCUGAUUCUAUGGUAAUGAAAACACAACAAUUCUUAUUUUCAGGUGAUUAUACACUAAAGAAAACAUACUUGUUAUAUUUUACUCAAUUUCUGCCAAGAUAUCCCCCUAAAUCCUGCACGCUGGACCUUUGAGCACAACUAGGAAGUAAUCCUGUAGGUGCUCGUGCUCAUAUGAUCAUGCCAGGCAUUCACACUGCAUGGCACACCACUAACAAAGAUCGGCCAGAAGUCGUAAUAAUAAUAUUAAUAAUAUUGAUAUAAAAACACAAAAAGAUGGGGAUAAAAGCACCUCGAGGUAUUUUGGCCUUUUUAAAGAUUUGUUUUUCUGUAUUAUUCUGCUGUAACACGCGUAAAAGGGUAGACGGGAUGUUCUUGUAUAUACUGGAAUGUAUGUAGUUUAAUUUACUUUUUGACCAAUUGUGUUCUGCCAUACAAGGGCUCAGGGGAAAGAGUGGGUCUGUUGGAUGUUGGGGAAAGACAUUUAUCAACCACUGGGUUUUCUUGUUUGUUCUUUUGUUUUUGUUUUUUUGAUCUCUGUUUUCCAGUCUGCCCUUACUGCACCACACGACACAGUAUAAAGCUCUCACCACAUAUCUAGUGCAGAGAUAAACGAGUAAAAAAGUGCUUUUAAAUUUUAUUCCAUCGCUUUCAAAUGUGCCACUCAGUGUCUGUUAGGAUGGUAAAUUAUUUUAUGAAUGAUAAAAUGCCAAAUUAAGGGGUUAUUUAUAUGAAGAUAUAUAUAAAUAAAUGAAUAUAUAUAUUAUAUAUAUUAGAUAUAAUGUGUAGUUUAAGAUUAUUAUGUUUGUUAGAGGCUUUUUUGCACUAGUUGAAUGUUUCUGUUGUGUGAUUACAUGUAACCUUUGGCUCUCUAGUUUGUCAAAAGAAAAGGAAAACAAAAAAAGAAGCCGAUUAUUUUUGCAGAGCAAGUCACCGAUUUGAUUUCCUCCGUUUCUACUGUAUCUCCUCUUUGUUUUCUAUUUGAACUGUAGCUUGUCAACAAACCAUUCUGUGCGUGUUUUUGUAUUUAUAUUGUAUUGUUGAACUUAAAGCAAUGAAAAUACUGUUGUUAUCCAGCUCCUUUAAUACUGUUUUAUAGUAUGUGUACCAAUAAAUCCAGGUGUAAAAUGGGACAUAA